GGUUCAACGGAGCCUACAGUUUGGCCGACGUUGAAGUCAUUGAACAGUACUUGAAAGACGAACGUUCGGCUAGCGCCAGUGCGCCUCAAUGUUCAAACUACCCGGUAACCGUAAUUCGGGAACUUCAACUUGACAACCAAAUCGAUGAGAGGAACUAGCUGGGCAUCCUUCCUGGCACCAAGUAUCUCUCUGAAGCCCUCGUUCAUUGCACGCUAUCGACAAAGCGACAUAGAACCUGCGUAUGUUCGACAUUUUGUCCCACUGGUUAUGCCGACACACUGCCCUGUCUCGAAAGCUUGAAGCUUGGCUAUCUUGACUUUUGGUAUAUGGUGACCAACGGACGGCCAGCAUAUUCUCUCCAGGCUUCAGGCGACUUUUAAAUGCAAUUAUGCAAACGGGCAUUUAUUCAUGUCCGCUGAAUGCAACUACGAGAAGGCCAAACUACCAACGAAAGCGACCAAAAAACUCUAUGGCACAAAACAAACGACCGGAUCUGGGGUAUACGAUUCGUUGCGAAUCAUGGUGUAUGUGCAACGAAAACCUGAAGCGAGAAUACUCGUCAAUGGUCGUAAAGGUGGUAUAAGACUAUGCUACAUGAAGCUUUUGGUCAUGAAAAGAGAGGAAACGUAUGAAGGAAUAAACGUCGCUCGAGGACGGGAUAAUGUCGUACGUCUCCGGCACGAUGCUGAGGGCCUCUAGGCCGGCUGCAUACGCCUCCAAGUCCGCGCCAAGUUCGUAGCUAGCGUCCCCUUGAGGGUAUUCUGGAUACUGG